CUUCGAAAUUUCGAAACAAAAUGGCCACGUUGUCGCCACGUGCGUCGGGCAGUUUUAUCGCUUCUUGUGCGAAACACGUCUCAAUAAAACAAGAAGGAGUCGAAAAAGUUGCUAAACAAAUCUACCCUGAACUAGAGAAGAGUUUAUACUCAGUAAAAUCUUGGCGAAAACACAAAUUACACCCGAAAGAGUUGAGUGAAGCCACAGUAGAUUGGAUAUUUUUGUUGGACACGUUGAACUUCUCGUUCUGGGUGGAGCAGGAAACGCCACCGUUUGUGGUGAAGUAUCGUGGGAAUUGUUAUACUGGAUAUUGGGCAUUAUGUGCUGCUAUAAACCGUGCAUUAGAGGUUGGUAUAUAAGAUAGUCAGUUCCAUUUCUCAAUGAUAUACAGCAUUACAAGCUGUCAGGCUCCAGUCCUGCACCCCCCCUCACCCCAUUCCCCCACCCCCCUGCCUCCACCCCCAUGCCCCCACCCCCAUGGCUCCCCCCCUUACCUGGGGGGGGGGGAACCUGCGCCAUGACAUUUCACUUUUGGAAAGGUGUUUUACAACAAUUUGAUGAACAAUAUUUAAAACAUGUUCGUUGUUUAGAUCGAUUAAUUACAAAGAGAUGAAGUUGACAUGAUACCAAGCAAAUUAGAACCUACAACUUAAAAUUUCACAUUAACCCUUUAAAUGGCUUUAAUUAAGUGGCAAUGUGCCUUACUUUAUUAUUUUAUUCUGUCUAAUACCAGACAUUUUUACUUGUCAAGAGGAGAGGGUGCACCUGGUCAACACCAGGCUAAAUCAGGCUUUACAUAAAUUAAAUCAUCUUUUUCCAGAAUGGCAUUCCUAUAACCACUCCUUCUUAUUACGCCCAAAUAACAGAAGAUAGAUUGAAAACGAUCUUUCAAUCUGAAACCACAACCAAUAUACCACUUCUCACAGAGCGAGUCAAAAACCUCAACGAAACUGGCUUACUUCUUGUUGAAAAAUACCAAAAUACUUUUGUAAACAUGCUGAGAUCUUGCAACAAAAGUGCAAAGGUACUGCUUGAUAUGGUUGUCACCCAAUUUUCAUGUUUUUGUGACGAAGCAACUUUUCAAAAUAAGAAAGUAGGCCUUUAUAAACGAGCGCAAAUUCUAAUUGCGGACAUCUGGGCCUGUUUUGAGGGACAAGACUUUGGUGAGUUCACAGACAUCGACUCGUUAACCAUGUUUGCAGACUACUUAGUCCCACGUGGGCUACAGUUCCUUGACGUUAUUGAAUAUUCAAAUGAGCUACAAAAUAUACUCAAACAAGGUGAGCUACUUCCAUACGGGAGCGCACUAGAAGUCGAGAUCCGUGGUUGUAGCAUCUGGGCAGUGGAAUUAAUUUGCAACGAGUUACGAAGAAUGCAAAAGGAAAAGAUUUCUGGAAAUGGUGAUAAGGUGGUAAUUAAUGCUAUCCUAGUAGAUUUUUUCUUGUGGGAUUCUACUAAAGCCUGUGAAGAUGAGAUUGGAGGUUUUCCAAUGCAUAAAACGAGGUCCAUUUUUUAUUGAGUGACAGAUGUUAUGUACUCUUACUUGAAAGUUGAUGUUUAUACAUAUUUUAAUACUCCGUGUAAUUUCAC